AGUGUCAAACAAAACAUAACCUAAAAAUAUUUUCAUGUGUGUUGUUUGUUGUUUAACUUGAUUUGUGUAUACCUAAUUUAAUACCUAAGUAACAAGUUUAGUCAGUUAAACACACAUUUAGAAUAAUAUCCCGAUCGAGUUAUUAUAGUACUGAAGCUUAAGUUACAAAUAUGGCUAAUCGAAAUUGGGGGUUUUGUGACUUAUCACUCGACAAAAGCUUUGACCUAUCAAAGCUACAUGUAAUGGAAAAAUUUGGGUACAAUACUAUCGCCAUCAAUACAGUAGUAGAGGAAGCAAGUGAAGAGCCAAAAAAGAAGAAAAAGAAGGGUGAAGUGAAAGAGAAAAAAGAUUUUAUACCUGCACCAAUAGAAAUACCCAAGGAAAUAACUGAUAAGACUAAACUCAAUAUUCUACAAAGAAUCACAAUACACUUUUCAGAUUCAGGUAUCACACACAAAAUAAAUAAUUCAGAAAAUAUCAAGAAGUAUGAUAUUGUGGCAGUAGUUCCCAAAACUUUGCAAGCAUUCCAAUAUGCGUCUGGAACCAUGGAUGUAGAUAUAAUAACGUUUGAACCUGAGUCACGGAUCUCCUUCAAAGUGAGCAGAAAGCUGUACAGACAAGCUGUGGAAAGGGACGUGUUCUUUGAAUUAAUGUAUUCGCCUGCUAUAAGAGACACUACUUGUAGGAAAAAUAUUAUAAGCACAGCUCACAUCUAUCACGCGGUUGGGAAAUCUAAAAACAUAAUUAUUACCAGUGCUGCUGAAAAUGACAUGCAUGUCAGGGAUGUACAUGAUGUUAUAAACCUGGGUUUCAUUUUAGGACUUAACAGUAAUGAGAGUUUAGAAGCAGUCAGAAAUAACACUAGAAGACUUAUUAUAAAGGCAGAAGGCAGAAGAUGCGGUAAACACUACAUGACUGUAACCACUCUGAGUGAAACUAACAAUCAAAGUAUAGAUCAAGUUUAAUUUGUUGUUAUUUACAAAUAAUAAAAAUCUUACAAUAUCAUAGACAUCUUUAUCAAUAAAACAUUUACAAAAUCAUACACUUAAUACUUAUGAAUUAACAUUAAAACAAGCAUCACAGAUAAGGAAUCAUUUUUGAAUCUUAACAUUGCUUUUGGUAUUUAUUAUUUAAAUAUCUUAUCAUCAGUACAGUUAGAGAGCUUGUGUGGACUUUUGAUUCCAUUGUACAAACUAGGAACUAAACUGACUUAAGAAUUUCUUGUAUUGAUUACUCUGAUUUCACAUGUUCUGAGAUAUCUCCUGCUUGCGUCUUAGCUUCGACUUUCACAGUUUUCUCAGUAGACAAUCUGCUAGUCAUCAGACUUAGAUUCGGUGUUUGGUUUUCUUCAGGCAUAGUGAAUAUAUUGGCUACCCACUUGAAUCUAAACAAAACAAAAAGAAAUAUUAAAAAUAUGAUAAUGACAAAAAUAAAACUAAUGUAACCUAAUGAGACUGAAUAAAAAUAGCAACUAAAAAUGAUGAAAUAGAAGCCAAAACAAAACUCACAAAAAAUGAUAAAGCAGAUGAAUGCAGAAAUGCUUACUCAAACUGGUGACUGGUGGGUUAGUAAGUUUCUGUGAAAAAUCCAGGGUAUUGAACGUGCUUAGCUACCAUUGCAGAUUGAUUAAACUUAAAAUAGCACAAGGGGAAAAUAAAAAGAUCAGUUAAUUUUUUACAUUGUAUUCUUUCAAAUGCAAUCUCAACAUUUGGUACAAGAUAUGUAAUACAAAAUGUAUAAAAACAGCACACUUCAAAUAUGUUAUGCUUGAAUAACAUCACUACGCCCUACAUUUAACUGGUCUAGGCUACUUAGAACAUGUGUAUUACAUUCUACAUAAUAUCAUGAUGCCUCUAGAUAUAUCGCCGGUAGCACCACAGACGUUUGCUUCACAAUAUUACUAGGUCUAGGCAUAUACUGUUGUUACAUUAUGGAGCAUGAUUAAGUUAACUGCAAUAAGCUGGUUAUUAAUAAUGAUAGCCAGUGAAAUUUCUGAGGGUUAAUAGAUUAUUCAAAGGUAUGAGUCUGAUGCCUAAGAUGGGUUUCAAAAAACCGAUGAUACAAUUCACCACAUCUUUAGUAGGUUAUGUUAGGUUAAUUAAUAAACAUGUAUGAACCUUAAAAACAAAAACUGUAAAAUAAUCAAGACAGAUUUAUUGUUUGAUCUGCAAUUAACAAAGAGAUCUACCACGACUAGAAUUCAGGUUAAAAGCCUCAAGAUACAUACAAGAUUCACAUAAACAAUCUCAUAGCCAUUGCAGAUUAAACUGUUAAUA